CUGGGAGGCGGGGUGAGGGGGCGGGCACGUGAAUGAUUAGACCAGAAAGGGAAACGAUUCGAUACAGUUCUCAUUUUAUUUAUCAUAAUCCAGACAUUUAUUCUUACGCCCACGUAUUCAUAAUUGUAUUUCAGCGUUGUGCCAGGUAAGUACUAGCAAGGAUGACAAUGCCGCACGUAGGGGCAAUAUUUGGAGCAAUAGCAGGAGUGAUGGCCAUCAUGUUGCACUCCUCCAUUCACAAGAUAGAAGAAGGACACCUUGCUGUGUACUACAGGGGUGGGGCAUUGCUGACUUCUCCCAACGGUCCUGGAUAUCACAUUAUGAUGCCUUUUAUUACCACAUUCAGAUCAGUUCAGACCACUCUCCAAACAGAUGAGAUCAAGAAUGUGCCUUGUGGAACAAGUGGUGGUGUGAUGAUCUAUUUUGACAGAAUUGAAGUUGUUAACAUGCUGGUCCCUUUAGCAGUGUUGGAAAUUGUGAGGAACUACACAGCUGAUUAUGACAAAACUCUAAUAUUCAACAAGAUUCACCAUGAACUCAAUCAGUUCUGCAGUGUACACACACUACAGGAGGUCUACAUUGAGUUAUUUGACAUUAUAGAUGAGAACAUGAAGAUUGCUUUGCAGAAAGAUCUCAAUGUUAUGGCACCUGGACUUACAAUACAGGCAGUCCGUGUUACCAAGCCAAAGAUCCCUGAAUCUAUCAGGAGGAACUUUGAACUCAUGGAAGCAGAGAAGACUCGUCUGUUAAUAACAGCUCAGACUCAGAGGGUGGUGGAAAAGGAAGCUGAGACUGAAAGAAAGAGGGCCAUUAUUGAGGCGCAGAAAGUGGCCCAGGUAGCAGAGAUCCAUUUCCAACAGAAGGUGAUGGAGAAAGAGACGGAGAAGAGGAUCUCUCAAAUAGAGGAUUCUGCUUACUUGGCGAGGGAGAAGGCUAAAGCUGAUGCUGAGUAUUACACUGCUGAACGGUUUUCUGAAGCAAACAAGGUGAAGUUAACCCCAAUGUACCUGGAGCUGAUGAAGUACCAGUCCAUAGCAGCUAACAGUAAGAUCUACUUUGGCCAGGACAUCCCCAACAUGUUUGUAGAGGGAACCAACGGCCCCUCUAAGUCUGUGCGCUCUCUUCAUCCGUCUCAACCAGACUUGCUAAAAACAAAGCCAGAAGGGCAAUGAGUCCACAGCUCUGCCUCUUAAAGGACAGGAGAACCUGAUGAGGUCUUGUCUGUAAGGUGGGGAGCAUUGAACUGAAGAUGAUGGGUGGGGUCGCUUUGCAGCUAGUUUUGUGAAUAACAAACUUCAGUCUUAAAUUUAAAUAGCAAAGAAAUGGUGUGAAAAUUUAAAGGCAAGCGGAAGUGAAGGCAAGAUAAAAGGGAAUUUUUUUUUUUUUUUUUUACCUUCCAUUCUUUUGGGGAAGACUAGUUUUAUGAAUAUACGAAUGAUGCCAUAGUUAAAAAUCAAAAGCAUAAUAAAUGCUUAUGCCUGGGAAGGCGACAGCAAGUAGUCGUUCUAAUUUCCAAGUGCUUGUAAUCAUUGCAGUGUUUAACUUUGCUGUUGGAUCUGCAUUCAUUUUGUUUGUUGUAUGCAAGACGAGUGAUGGAAACGAGUUUUGAGAAUUAAUUUCUGUUUGAGCUGAACUAGAAACAAGCAGGAGACACUAAUUAAUUAAAUGUGGUUUGGGUUGUGUAAGCGUGCAUUGUGGGUAGAUCAUCUCUGUUCCAUCUUCUCUUACACUAAAUCCUUAGUUGGCUCUUCUCUCGCAACAUGGAGGAAUGUGAGGACUGGUAAUCACACCUCAUCAAAUGCUGCUUGUGAAGGAACUCAAAAUAGUUAUGAGCAUUAUACAUUUGUCAUUUACAAGGUUUCUAGUUGGUUAAAAUCUCAGACAUGAAAACUUGAUCUGUGAAAGUUUGAUUUUUUUUUAACGAUAGCAUUCCUGAAACAAAUGGCUUGACUAAUUAAAUGUUCCCUGAAUUUGCAUAAAGUUGGAUACAAUCCUACAGAUACUCAAGUCUUUGAAGUUGGAGGGCUGUCAUUGUGUGUUCGCAGUUUAUAUAGUAAAUAUACAGUGGUGUCAGAUUGGUGGUAAUGCAGUUUUUUUCUGUUAGCUUGGCGGUAGUUUGCUGUUGUUAGUUGUAAUUGAGAGUGCAGACACCUCAUGAAGACUUGAGAUGAUUUACUGUGAGGGGAAAAGGGUUCUAGUGCUGCAAAGUCAGAUUUUAUUUUCUUUAAGCUAAUUUAAGUUGAUUAAUAAUUCAAAGUUAAUUAAUAUGGCAGUGUAACAAUAAAACAGUUGUGUGAUAGUGCCACAGGAGGAAGUCGUGAUUUGUAUUUCUUGUCAAGAAGGCAGUACAUCUUUCUUUCCUCCAUCUGGCUUCGGUUUUUCAGGGCAUGCAUGUGGACAUGUGUAGUGGCUUGAUUCAGAUGAUUAGUAGUGCCUGCAAUUGUCUGCCAACUCUGCUAUACAGCUUAUCCAGAUGUGAUGAAAUGUAAAUUCUCAGGAAAUUGAGUUUAAUUUUUUCACAAAAAGCUGCUAAAUGUUGGAGAGAGCUUACACCCUUAACAGUAAACAUUGACAAUUGUGCAAGAAAAAAAGUGAAAAGAAAAUCUGUUUGCAACAAGAAAGUAACUUUUGAUUUGAAGAUGAUUUUGUUUCACUAGAAUAAAACUGUCUCUUUUGCAAAUGUGAGACAGUAUUAUGAGCAUGUCCGUUUGUCAAAAGUAUAACAAUGAUAAACGGAAUCUCCUUUCUAUGGUCAAUGUUUACAUUUUUCUGUAAUGCAAGAAUUAAUAGGAUGCAAUGUUUUUCAGUUUCUGCUAAACAAGAUAAUUUUAAUGGCAACACACAGUUCCUAAUUACAGUGCUGACUGACUCAAGUGAGUUUGUUUAAUCUCUGAUCAGUUUUGUGUAACAAUUUGAGUUCCAGUACAACACAACAAGCAUUUCUCUAUUAAAAGAUGAAUGUUAAAAGAAAGCUUGGGCUUUAAUGAGAUGCAAGUUGGUGCUAGUUUUUAUUAUGUUAUGAUGCUUUUGGAUUUUGUUCAGCUCCAUUAUAUAGUACUUCCACUUUUCAGAAUGCAAGCCUUAAAUAAUAAUGGGUUAGCCCAGACUUAAAGGUUCAGUAAUUCCUAGAAACUAAAAAGCUCCAUUUGAACUUAAGUUUUGAGAGCUUGGAUGUAGAAACUGAACAGGACGGCUCAUCACAGACUUUACCUGAGAGACUGAACUAGCAGUACAAACUACUAGUGUUUGGAUGUUGUGAUGUUUACUUGGCCUAUGAAUGGAAGUUAAAGGCUGCAAACUGCAUUUGCUUUGGCGGUGGGUUCAAAUUAAGAUGCAAACUAGGAGUAUGAAUCAAUGAUUUUUUUUUUUGGGUCACUAUUUUGUACAAUCUGUGAAAUUUAAAACACUGUCUCCUUGUUCUAAAAGGUUUAUAUGCAAAAAUGUUUUCAAGUUUUGACAAUGUUCUUAUGUAAAAUAAAACCUAUUUUGGUACCUCUCUUC